GCGGUGCUUCCUCUCUCUUGUUCGUAUCGGUGUCUCGGUCUUCCAGCCAAGGCCCCGGGCUUGAGCUUUGUUUAUCAAUGCUCUGUGGCAGCGGUUUUGGUCGUCAAGCACGCGCACACCUCAAUCGAUAUGUUCGAACACAAGCACACCAGUAUGGGGGUGCGGGGGCUGAGGGAUUCAACUCUGGCCUUGGGGAAAGAAUGCUGCCUAGAUUCACACCGCCUUUUGGAAUGGCGACACCCCGGCAGUUGUCUCAAUAUCUCGACCAAUUCGUUAUAGGGCAGGAGACGGCGAAGAAAGUCCUUUCUGUAGCCGUCUUCAACCACUACCAACGAGUUCACGCGAACAUGGCUGCAUCCGAUACUCGCAAUGAGUUUGUGCACGGUCCUGAAGAACGUUAUUCCAACGUUUCUACUGCACAAAUACGACCUAUGCGGAAGGCACCUGCAGUCCGACCGUUUACACCUGCUCCGGCUCUCUUUGACAAGAGCAACGUUCUGAUCAUUGGACCGACUGGAUCUGGCAAGACUCUUCUAGUCCGGACGCUGGCAAGGGUUCUCGAUGUCCCUUUCUCUGUCAGCGAUGCGACAUCGUUUACUCAGGUAUUUCAUCCUCUCUCCGAAUCUAGCAGGUCACCGACGUUGAUCGACCAGGCAGGUUAUAUUGGGGACGAUGUUGACAGUUGCAUUGAGCGGCUGGUUGCGAUGGCCAAUGACGAUCCAAUUCGCGCAAGCACGGGCAUCGUAUACAUCGACGAAAUCGACAAGAUUUCGAAGCGAACAGGGGUAGAUGGAUCCCGAGAUGUUGGUGGAGAAGGCGUUCAGCAAGCCUUACUGAGGAUGAUGGAAGGUUCUACCGUGACGGUCAAAGCUCAGGGCGCAAGAGGAAAGGACGAAGCGCCACUACAGAUUGACACCACGAACAUCCUCUUUGUCCUCAGCGGCGCCUUUGUUGGCUUGGAGAACUUGGUGAGGACCAGGCUGGCAGAGAAUCGAGGGGCCAUGGGAUUUGCCUCUAAGACAUUUUUCACUCCUACGCCCAAGGCUCUCGACCAAGUCGUUGACCCCAGCGACCUCGUCAAAUACGGCUUCAUUCCGGAAUUUAUCUCCCGAGUUCCAUCCAUCGCCACUCUCGCCCCCCUCUCCGUUCCUGAUCUACGCAGGAUACUUACUGAGGUCAAGGGUUCUCUGAUUUCGCAGUACCAGGCCCAAUUUGGUAACAUCGGUGUCGAUAUCAAGUUCACCAGCGGUGCUCUCGACGAAGAAAAGGUUCUGCUCGAGCCUAUGCACGAUGUUCCGGGCUCUGAUGUCCGACAUGUGCUGAUCACCGAAGAGACAAUACGCGGUGAAGCGCCUGCUCAAUGCUGGACGAGUGAAGGGCAAGGAGUCGAAUUCUGGGAAACAUGGGCAACUCAUGAGCGGCAAUAUCGUGACGCGAAGGCUGCAAAGGCCUAGCACCGCGGUCACGAUCUCAUUGUAGUACCGGAUUGUAG